AGCGGAGCGAGGCGGGGAGGAGGAAGGCGGGGCUGCGGGUUGCGGAGGCUGUUUGGAGCCGAAGCGCCGAGCCCGGCGGCCCUCCCCCCGCACGCUCCUCGCUCGCCCACUCGCCCGCCUCCCGCCCUGACGCAUUUUGCCGCACAGGCUGUAACAUGGCGGCGGCCGAGUGAGCCCCGGAGAGCCCGGCUGCUUCCGAGCGCCUCCGAGCUGGGGCCGCGGCGCACGGGAGGCGGAGGCCGCCGGCCGGGGCAGGGGCCGCGACGUCCUGAGGGAGCGCUCGCUCGCAGGGCUGAGGUAAAAGUAGAAUUGGAUUAGUUGGUCAGUUUUCAAUUUUUUUGUCUUCUCAGUUUAAAGAAUUUAUCUGCAGAAGUUGCCAAGAAAUUGUUGCUGGUCAAAUACAGAUUUUUUUAAACCUGUGUUUUGAAUGUAGUUUAGAAGUAUUUGAAACCAUGGGAAUAAAGGUCCAACGUCCUCGAUGUUUUUUUGACAUAGCCAUAAACAAUCUACCUGCUGGAAGAGUUGUCUUUGAAUUAUUUUCUGAUGUGUGUCCCAAAACAUGUGAGAAUUUUCGAUGUCUUUGUACAGGUGAAAAGGGUACAGGAAAAUCUACUCAGAAGCCAUUACAUUAUAAAAGUUGUCUUUUUCACAGAGUUGUAAAGGAUUUUAUGGUUCAAGGUGGUGACUUCAGUGAAGGAAAUGGACGAGGUGGGGAAUCCAUUUAUGGAGGAUUUUUUGAAGAUGAGAGUUUUGCUGUUAAACACAACAAAGAAUUUCUGUUGUCAAUGGCCAAUAGAGGAAAGGAUACUAAUGGUUCACAGUUUUUCAUAACAACUAAACCUACACCUCAUUUAGAUGGGCACCAUGUUGUUUUUGGACAAGUAAUCUCUGGUCAAGAGGUUGUGAGAGAGAUUGAAAACCAGAAAACAGAUGCAUCCAGCAAACCAUAUGCUGAAGUACGAAUACUUAGCUGUGGGGAGCUAAUUCCCAAAUCCAAAGCCAAGAAAGAAGAAAAGAAAAGACAUAAGUCAUCAUCUUCUUCCAGUGAUUCAGAUAGUUCAAGUGAUUCUCAGUCCUCUGAUUCUUCUUCUGAUUCGGAAAGUGCUUCUGAAGAAAAAUCCAAGAAAAGAAAAAAGAAACACCGAAAGUCUCGAAAACAUAAGAAGGAAAAGAAGAAGAAAAAGAAAAGCAAGAAAAGUUCCUCUACUGAGAGUGAAGAUGAAAGCCCUGAAGCACAGCCACAGUCUACUGUCCGUCCAGAAGAGAUCCCUCCUAUUCCUGAAAACAGGUUCCUGAUGCGAAAAAGUCCUCCUAAAGUAGAUGAGAAAGAGAGAAAGAAUAGAGAAAGGGAGAAAGAGAGAGAGUGUAAUCCAUCUAACUCCCAGUCCUCUUCAUAUCAAAGGCGACUUCUAGUCACCAGAUCUGGAAGGAAAAUUAAAGGAAGAGGACCAAGGCGCUAUCGAACACCUUCCAGAUCCAGAUCACGGGAUCGUUUCAGGCGUAGUGAGACUCCUCCACAUUGGAGACAAGAGAUGCAGAGAGCUCAAAGAAUGAGGGUGUCAAGUGGUGAAAGGUGGAUCAAAGGGGAUAAGAGUGAAUUAAAUGAAAAUAAAAAAGAAAAUCAAAAAAGUCCAGCAAGAGGAAAAGAAAGAAAAAUAUCUGAACACAGACAUGUAUCAGAAAGUCCAAAUAGAAAAGGUGAAAAGGAAAAGAAAACUAAAGACCACAAAUCCAACAGUAAAGAUAGAGACACAAGGAGAAAUUCAGAGAAAGAGGACAAAUACAAUAAAAGCAAAGCAAAGAAAAGGGCCAAAUCUAAAAGCAGGAGUAAAAGCAAAGAGAAGUCGAAAAGUAAAGAAAGAGAUUCGAAGCAUAGGCACGAAGAAAAGAGAAUGAGAUCAAGAAGCAAAGAAAGAGAUCAUGAAAAAGUAAAAGAAAAAGAGAAACAUUCUGAUUCUCGAGGCAAAGAACGAGAAAAGAGCAGGAGUAAAGAGAGGUCUAAGCGAGCAGGGUCAAAAAAUAAUGAACAUGACCAUAGCAGAAGUAAAGACAAGGAUAAAAGGGCCAAGUCAAAGAGUAGAGAACGGGAGGUGACCAAAGGAAAACACAGCUCCAAUGGCCGGACAAGGGAGCGAAGCAGAAGCAGGGACAAAGGAAGAAGAGCCAGAUCUAGGAGCAAAGACCGAGACCGUAGUAGGAGCAAGGAGUACUAUAGGAACAGAGAAAGGGAAUCCCGGAGAAGAGGGAGAUCAAGGAGCAAAGAAAGGAAAGGAACACCAGAAAAAUCUAGAAGUAAAGAUAGGAGGAGGAGGAGAGAGUCGAGAAGUUCAGGGAGAGAGGAAAGUCAAAGCAGAAAUAAAGAAAAAAGUAAAAACCAAGAAACAAAGAGUUCACACAAAAAAGAGAACUCUGAGAGUGAAAAAAGGCACUCAAGAAACCAUAACAACAGUAGCCGAGACAGCAGUAGAGAGAAAAAAAACGACAGAGAUCAGAGUCCAAACUCAAGAAAACAAAAUAGUAAAGACAGAGAAUUAAAGUCCUCUACAUACAAAAAUAAGGAAGAAGAGAAGACCAGAUGCUCAUUAGAAAAAGAAAUCAACCAAAAAUCAAAGAGUCAAGAAAGAGACCAUACACGUGGUAAAGAUAAAAAAUCUGAUCAUGAGUCCAGUCCUGGAACUGAUGAAGACAAAAGUGGAUGAGUGAGGGCCUCGAACUUUGUAUUUCCAUUUUUCUCUUUAGGUUUUAGAGACUUGCUGAAGAACAUCCUUUUUUGUUGUUGUUGUUUUCCUCUUCCUUUUUGUUUUUGGGGUUGGUUUUUUUUUUUUUUAAUGCGGACUUCAUUAAGUUUGAUCUUUUGAUAUUCUACAACCUGAAUAAUUUGUACUGCUAAAGUUUUAAUAAACUUGAAAUGAGAAAAACACUUUUGUGUAAUAUUGUGUGCUGUUUAACUCUUCCGUUUCUCUCUGUGUUGUAGCUGUCAGCCAACAGCUACCAUGUCUAAUAUACAUCUUGAUCUGUUAGAUCAGCCUGUUAGAAAGAAAUACAAUUGUUAAUUGCAAAUAGUAUUUUUUAUAAAAGUUUGCACUUCUCAUGUUUUAGAUAUUUUUAGAAGCCAUUAAAUUGAAAGGAAGUCAUACUGAUAUUUCUGAUUACAUUUUAGGGAGAAUGUUAUUGAUGUUCAUCGUAGAAGCUUAUGAGAGGAUUUUUUUAUUCCAAGAAAAAAAUGCUUAUCCUAUGAUUUCCUGAAAAAUUAUUUUUGAAUUUUGAUCUUGUAACCCGUACUUUAACUACAAAGAAAAAUGUCUAUUUACCUAUUGUGUUUUUCUUUACACCUGUUUCUUUGUAUUUCAAGUUCUGUGUAUGUAGUUCAUUCCUUACAAAUGUUUUCUGUAUUUUUUUUUCCACUUGCCCUAUAGAAAUGUCAAGUUGGAUUCAGUUUUAUUCUUUAGGAAGGUUAUGCUUAUCUGAUCAGUUGACAUAAAUACAGAUUUUCUUGGCUCGUUGUUGCUUAGCAUCAGACAGAAUCAAUACUUAGGAAACAGAUUUUAAAUUUUUUUUAAUAGAUUGUCCCUUUUUUAUUCAAGAGUAAUCAGAAUCAGCACUAGUGAUAUUAGUUUUCCAUUCAGUUAUUUUCCAAGAAAAUAUUCUUAUGAGCAUACAUUUACAUACACAAGCCCUUAUACAUUAGUCUGGCCUGAAAAAACUAGCAUUGUUAUAGUAAUUUUUGAAAUUUGUCCUAAUUGGCACCACACAUUUAUCAGAGUUAUUAUUCCACAUGCUUUAAAACAGCCCAAUUUUUUAUCUAAAAUCUUGAAGAUUUAAGUAUCAAAUGGUAGGAAUUUGUUCUGAAUAUUUUUCUUAUAGCAACACUGUAUCGUAUUUUAUCAACACAAAAUUGGCUUUAAACUCUUCAUCUUGAUUAUAACUUUAACUUAGCACUUGUAAAAUGCCACAGUUCAUAAAAUCACAAAACUGGUUAGCACCAUUCAGAUAUGACCAAAAGUCAGUUUUGAAGUGGAAUUUUUUUUUAUGCUUUCUCUUAUGGUAUAUGGUUUUUCCCCCUCUUCUUUAUAAUAAAGAAAAAACAGGAUAACCAGACAAACACAAAAGUGAUUUCAUUGUGGGAGUAGGGAGGUUAGAACAUCUAGGAUCUCAGUACUUAAGAGCAGCUGGAGACUUUUUUAAUCAAGAUAGUGUCAGUUAUAUUCUUAAUGCAACUUCUUAGUAAAUCAAAUAACUAUUGAGUAAUACUUUUUAUGCUUAGUAAAACAAUGUUUAAUAUACAACACUUAUUGCUUUAAUAAAGGAAUAAUUCUUUUUGCAUUGUGUUGUCAUUUAAUGAUGUAAAGAAUCAGGGGGACACCAUAUCCUUGCUGUCCCUUGGAAAGAAGAUUCAAAGUAGAUUUUGCUGGGGUGGUUCAUUCUGAAGGAACUUUGGACUUAAUCCCAUAUCAAUGACAGCUUUAGGUAUUAUUUGUAAAUUUAAAGAAUUAUAUUUAAAUAAUGUUUGUUGUAAACUGCUUGUUUCAAAAUCAUUGGAUGAAAGAUAGUACUCAAAGAGGAGGGACCUAAUGUUAUAUUAGUGUGAUCAAAGGAUAGCCAGUUCCAGAUUUUAAAAAACACACUUUGAAAUUGCUUAAAAUUGGGCUUUUCUUGUAAGGAUUAUAGCAAAUAGUCUUCAUCUUUCAUUUAGUGUUUUUAAAUGCAUUUCACUGCAACAUUAAAAAAAAAAUUUGUGAAAGUUUUUGUUUUGUCCUUCAUAAGAUUUCAAAGAGUAUUUUUAAACUAGCAAUCUGCUAUAUUGUUCUUGUAUUGUUGUGUUAGCAGUUUUGUAAAAACAAAAAAAAUAAUGUAUGGGAAACUGGAGGAGACUUUUUUGUCUUCCAUAGUAUUAUAAUUAAGGUGUAUUAUUUCUUCAGUGGUGAAGGAAUAAAGGGAAAAGACAAUCAGGUGAAUUUUGUUUUCAGAAUUUUAUUGUCAACAAUCUGAUGAAAAACUUUAUGAAUCUACCUGCUCUGUACAUGUGCUUUUGAGUUCAUAAGAGGACUAACAUUUUCAGUUACUGAAAUCCGGAGUGUUUUCCCUUGUGUUUUGAAUGUUAUAUGUUGUGAUGUGUAUCUUUUUAUAUCUAUUAGUUAUGACAUUGAACAUACUCAGUUGUAGUUUGCUUUAAGAAAAGCUAUUGCAAUCUUUGCUGUUAAAUUUACUUCAUAAUAUUUGCUGUCUAAAAUUAAAGUUCGCUUGGAAGUA